AUGGCUAUGCUUUCAAAUAAUCCCCCCGCCGAUUUCGGGAACAAAGAAGAAAUGAGAUUUUACACCAUCUCGAACACAGUUUUCGAGAUCGAUGCCAAGUAUGCGCCUAUGAAGCUCCUUGGAGAAGGCGCUUAUGGCGUCGUUUGCUCAUCCAUCAACCGCGAAACAAGCGAGAACGUCGCCAUUAAGAAAAUAAGGAAUGUCUUCGAAGAUCGCAUCGAUGCGCUGAGGACUCUUCGGGAGAUGAAGCUUUUGGGGAAAAUCAAGCACGAAAACGUCAUUGAGAUGAAGGAUAUCAUGCUGCCUUCCACCAAGAGAUCAUUCGUCGACGUUUAUCUUGUCUUUGAGCUCAUGGAUACUGAUCUGGGGCAAAUCAUCAGAUCACCUCAGCCACUUUCCGACGAGCAGUGUCAAUGCUUCAUUUUUCAGUUGCUUCGAGGACUGAAGUAUCUCCACUCGGCGAACGUAAUUCACAGGGACUUGAAGCCAGGGAACCUUCUGGUCAACAGUGAUUGUGAACUUAAGAUUGGCGAUUUCGGACUGGCUCGCACUAAAAGUCCGAGGGGUGAAGGAAUGAACGGCUACGUCGUCACGCGUUGGUAUCGUGCGCCGGAGUUGCUCGUUUGCUCUGAUAGCUACGACGCUGCCAUUGAUAUGUGGUCAGUUGGAUGCAUCUUCGCUGCGAUACUCGGCCGCAAACCUCUCUUUCCGGGCACUGACAGUGCCCACCAGCUCGAGCUCAUUCUCAACACUCUCGGCGUUAACCACGAUGCUGCUGAUUUCGACUUCGUCAGUUACCAGCCAAUUCGAGACUACAUCGACUCGCUCCCGGAUAGUCCAGGCGUUCCCUUCGCCAGUAUGUUCCCCGAUGCCAAUCCACUGGCCGUCGACUUGCUGAAGAAGCUGCUCGUUUUUAAUCCGGCAAAGAGAAUCAAUGCUACGGAGGCAUUAGAGCACCCUUAUAUGGCUCAGUUGUAUGACCCUCUGCUCGACCCCGCUGCCAAGGGCCCCAUUGAUCUUGGCUUCGAUGAUGAUCUCGGGGAAGACAAGAUCAGAGAGAUGAUAUGGGAGGAGACGCUCUGCUAUCAUCCAGGCCUGGUGUCGAGGGUUCGACAUUACUCAGUCGUUCACCUCCAUAGCGUACCGAUAGAGCAACGGGCAGACAGAGGUUUUACUCCGUUCCAUCUGGUCUACGCCAGUGAAGCAGUGGUACCUGUGGAGGUCGGGGUACCUUCAACUAGGAGAAUGCUAUAUGAUGAGGAGAACGCUGAACAACGGCUGGCAGAGCUGGACCUCAUUAGCGAGACUCACGAGCAAACGACAAUCCGGUUAAUGGCCUAUCAACAAAGGAUGAGGCAAAAUUAUGAUAGGAAGAAAGACCAGAGCAAGCCUGGGACAAUUCCGCUUUCAGGGCAAGCAGUUCAGCGGCCUGUGAUUCCAAAGUCUGGCUCUGCUCUUGUAAGAGGACCUCUUUCGAUUUCAGCUCCUGGGUCAGCUGGUCCACAGUCUACUUAUGGAGACCCUUGGCCUGACUUUUUUCUUCGCGAAGGGCCUGGAGCUCUUGGUCGGUCGCACGCAGAGCUUGUUGGUGCUGAGCAUUCACCUCUUUAA